AGAGACUUGUCGAGAUGUCAUUAAAAGAUAUUGUGAAGAAAGUCUCACAGAACCAACUCCUCGAUCAGGAAGACCACCUCUUUUAACUGAACGUGAAGAGCGUGCUCUUAUACGUACAGUCAGGAGAGACAGACAGGAAUCGCUUCAACAGCUUACAGCAAAAUUUAACGAUCUCGGCCUAACCCCAAUUAGUACUAGUACA